ACGGCCAUAUAUAAAAAGCUAACGAUCAUUCCCCCACAACCUCUGCUUGGAGAGUAGAGAGGGGCGUGUUUUCUUAAGAUUCGUUUGAAGAAAGUGUGGAUAAGAUGGUGGUGCAAGUGAAGACGAAGGAAGAAGAAGUUGAGCUGCUGAGCCCUGCGUCCUCAGAUGACUUCACGGUGGAAGGAGACCUGGGGAAGAAGGACAGACCGCCGUCACCGGAAGUCAACGAAGAAGUUCCGGAAGACGAUGACGAAGACGGCUUAGACGUGACCUUGCUGGACGUCCAGCGCACGUCAGAGGUCGACUACCAGAAGCGGCAGGACGUCUGCGCAUGCCUGAAGACUCGCUCAUGCGCAGUGAUGCUAGGCGUGCUGAUUCUGCUGUCCAUACUAGGCGUACAGUUCCGGCUGUACUUCCUGUUCUAUGAGAACGUGGGGAAGCCGCGGCCGCACGUGGCGCUACAGACGGCGUGUUGGACGAUUGUUGGGGUGGAGGAGGACGGGUUAUACGUCUUUAAAGGUAUUCCAUAUGGAGAGCCGCCAGUGGGGCCGUUGAGAUGGCAGCCAACCGUAACGAAGUACAAGCGCAACGAAACGUGUCGGAAUGACACCAGGUACGCGGACAAAUUCCAAGCGUCCUGUCCAACCAUUCAGGACGGAAAUAUCGUCGGUGACGAAGACUGCCUGUACUUGAACGUGUGGACGCCAGACUUCCGCCCCGCACACCGCCUGCCCGUCAUCGUCUGGGUUCUGGAGCGGCCCUCCCUGCCGCAGCAGCUGCAGUACCGACUCGACACGCUAGGCGGGAAUCAUCACAAGUUGUUUUUCAGGGGAGCGCGAGGACAUAAGAAGGUGUCGCACAGCCUGAUGACGUCUAACGCCACGGCUGUUCACGUGACGUUCUCGUACCGGCAGAACGUGUUCGGCUUCCUGGCGCUCGGCAUUCUGUCGGACGAUUCGGCGGAAUAUUACUCGGCUAACUACGGCCUGUACGACCAGCUGGCGGCUCUCCGGUGGGUUCGGGAGAACAUUGCGGACUUCGGAGGAGACCCAGGCCGCGUCACGCUGAUAGGGGAGGGGCAGGCCGCUGCCCAUGUGCUGUGCCUGCUGACGUCACCGCUGACGCGCGGGUUGUUCCACGCCGUCUGGUUGGCUGACGUCGAGCACAGGCUCUACAGACCCUUACUGCAUUUCUCCGCGGAGAACGUGGGACUGCUGAACUCCACGGGCUGCCGGAACGCCUCGUGUCUCAGGCAGCUCACGGUCAGGCAGCUGCUGCAGGCCGUGCCGCGCCGAGACCACCCUUUCUGGUUCCCCGCCGAGGGUCUGAAGUGCUCCCUGACCAGGACCAAACCCGCGCAGCAGGUCCUGGACGGCCAUCUUCUCCAAGCAUCCCCCUGGGCAGACCUGCUGGACGAGAACGUCACCGACCGGAACCUGUCCGUCGCGCUGGGCAUGACGGGAGGAUGUGACGUCACCAUGGACGUGGACAUGAACGACACGAUGCUGAUCGAGCACUUGCGAAGUAUCGUCGGCGAACACGGAGAGGCGGAGGAGGCCGUCACUCUGUACCGUCGCCAUGACGACGCCAACAACACCAGCACGGGCGCCAACGACGUCUGCGUUUCCAUGGCGACGGACCUGCGGUACGCCUGCCCCUUCACCGACCUGACUGAGUACCUGGAGGUCCACACGCGGCGGCCGCUGUUCAACAGGUACAUCUCCCUAGCCAAGCAGUGCGAACCGGACAGUCUUUGGUCCAGCUUCUUCGACGAGGCGCCGCCCAACCCGAGGUCAUUGACCUUGUACGAGCUGCUGGGCGCGUUCGCGCGAACCGGCAAUUUUCCGGAAGGAGUUUUGGAAAGUGAGAACGCGACGGACCUCCUCAUGAGUAAAGACGCAGUGGUGUCGCCUGGAGUGGACUACAAGGACCAGAAGUGUUCGUUUUGGAGGGAGAAUCUGGAAUGGGAAGAACGGGAUAUAGACUGAU